CCUGAAGGCAGCGGCGUGGUACUGGAGCGGUGUAUAUACAGUAUGUCCCAUGGUCCCUGAAGGCAGCGGCGUGGUACUGGAGCGGUGUAUAUACAGUAUGUCCCAUGGUCCCUGAAGGCAGCAGUGACACACUAACAAACAUGGCGGACGCGCUCUCUGACAUCAAAGUGUGUGUGGCGAAGCCGCCGCCCAAACGCCGUCGCAUCCUGGACUCGUCCGCCAUCGUCCCUGUGCCCAUUUACUCCAACAAGGUCAACAGCAGUCUGCAUCUGAAGGCGGAGCUUCCCCCAAGUGACCGUCUUGUCCCUGCAGACCAGGACGGUCUGUGGUCCCAGAUGUCCUGUCGAGGGCACGCCCGAGCAGACGUGCUCACACUCAGCGACUCUGAGGAGGAACAGGAAGUGCCUUUGGUGGACCACGGCACAGACCAGGGAGGCUCCCGCCCACUGUCUCCUCCCCCAGAAGACAUUCCUGUGCAGAAACAAUCCAGACAGUUCCAGAAGAAGAUCGACGAGGUGAACAGGAGGUUGCGGGCCGUCAGCGCCGCCCUCUCUCCCGAGGACGGGGGCAGGGUGCUGAGACGGCGGCGGAGUGCUGCUCCCGAGCAAGACGACGUCAUCAUUGUGGAGUCGGAGUCACAUGACUGGCGAGCGGAGGAAAGCCGGCUGAAGGUGCGAUGUCGCACGGAGGUCUACAAGCUUCCUGUGCUGUCGACGACCUUGCUGAAGGAAGUGGCGAGCCAGCUGUCGGCCAUACUUCACGUGCCCAGCCACCGCCUCCUGCUGCUGAGGGAGGAGGCGGAGCUUCCCGGUCACGCCAGCGUCCGCGAGCUGGGCCUGGGCAUCGCCGACAUCUUGGAGUGCGUCGUCAUGGCGGCGGAGCGAGGCGGCCUCAUCUCGGUGCGUCUGCAGGGCAAGGAGCGAGGGUCGGCGCGUGACUUCUCCGUGCAUAAGGAGGCGGAGCUGGGCGCCAUCUUCUCGCAGUACGUGUCGGCGAUGCCCGCCCGUGCCAGACGGAAGGUGCAGUUUCACUUCGACGGCUGCAAGGUGACGGCCAAUCAGACGCCCGCUCAGCUGGACAUGGAGGAUGGCGACAUCAUCGAGGUGUGGAUGUGAGAAUAAAGAAAUGUAUAUAGUGUAGAAAGAUGAGACAUUCGACAGGUUUAGUUUCAUUAAAGACAAUAAAAGACUUAUUGUGGUU